CUAAUAAAAAAAAAAGGAAAAACAUUUACAACAUUGGUCGAUUCUGGUUUCUGGUAUUGAAAAAAGAAAGUCCGAAUAGCGAACGUGUGCUGUUGUAUUUGUGCCCCGACGAUUCACUAUGGAUUUGCUGCAAGAAAAAGCCCAUAAAACAGAUAUAUUUAAGUAAGUUUUUACUUGAAAUUCAUGAAAAAUGGCCUCAAAUAGUGAUGGGAGUGGAAGCAACAAUACUUUGUCAAGAAAUUUUGCAACCAGAGACUAUGACCCUUACAAGCAACAAUUUGAAAAACCUAGCAACGAAUUAGGAACAGCAAGAAGAAGAUGUGAUCAUGAUCUCGAUUAUUACCGUGAACAACACCGCGCUGUGAUGAACCAAUUAGAAGUUUCCAGUCAAGAUUCAGCUUCUUUACGUAACAAAUACGAAAAACUAAUAUCAGAAAACAAGCAACUCAGAGACGAUAAUCAGCAGUUGCUCAAAGAACUGAAUGAACAAAAUGGCAAUGCUUCUGAAGCUUUAUUUUUAUCGCACAAACAAGCCUUGUCCAAAUUGGAAUUGGCACAAGACGAAAAUGCCAGGCUUUUGAAGCAAUGCGAAGUCUUAGAAAUAUUCUUCAAUUUUCUAGGUCAAGAUCGGGGGGCAGCUCAAAGAGACGUUCAAGGCUUGAAAACACAGCUAGUGAAAUUGUUGAGAGAUUACACUAAGUAUAGGGAGGCACAUCAGAAAUUGCAACAGCAAUAUGAGGAUUCUGUUAAUAUUACCAUUAAGGCUAAUAAGGAAAUUAAACGGUUGACUGAUGAGAGAAAUGCGACAAUGGAAGAGUAUAAUUUGAUUAUGAGCGAAAGGGACACAGUUCAUAAAGAAAUGGAAAAACUUAGCGACGACCUAUCUCAAGCGAUGAAAAAAUUAAAAAUCCUAGAUGCUGACAAUAAGGAACAUCAAGAAGCAAAACGUGGAAUGAGUUAUCAGCUUGAAUCUUUCAAAAGAGAGAUAGCCAGUGCUUUGCAUGAAAGAGACAAGGCUCUCAAAGAAUGCAACGAUCUGCGUCAAAAAUUCGGUGAAUUGGGUGCAGCCUCUGAAGAUGGUCGUCUCCUAUUGGGAGAUCAAAUGAAAAAAAGUCGCGGACGCUUAAUAGACAGUUUAGGCACUCUAGGUGAAGGCGGAGGAAGAAAGGAGCAUUUACGCGAAGAUUCUAGGUCAAUCAAACAAAGACAAAGAUUGGACAACUUGGACCAAGCCAAUCAGGAGUUGGAAUCUCUGAGAAAAAGUCUCGAUAAAGCACAGACUGAAUUAGUGGAAGCUGUGCAAGAAGCUGAAGUUUCAAAAGGCCGCAGAGAUUGGGCGUUUUCAGAAAGAGACAAAAUAGUUUUAGAAAGGGAAAGCAUCAAAACAUUGGGAGAUAAUAUGAGAAAGGAACGUGAUAGGGCUGUGUCAGAGUUGGCAGAGUCUCUUAGGGAAUCUGAUGCUAUUAAAAAACAACGAAAUGAGUUAAUAAAGGACAACAAAGCUCUUCGUGAAGCUCUAGAAGCUCAAAUAGAGCGCGAAGGACGUGUAUCUCAAUCAAACAUAGAAGACCAACCUCAGACAUGUGGCCACACCGAAGUCAUCCAACUGGAUCUGACCAGUUCUGAUGAAGAAGCUCUAGAAUUUGCUGGAGGUCGCGAUUUCCCUGGAGAUGGCGCUGUUUAUGUAGCUUCAGUAGCUCCUGGCUCCGCUGCAAUUGGUAAAUUCUUCCCUCAUGACAAAAUUGUCAGGGUCAAUGAUGUGGAUUGCAGCCAAGCUUCUUUGAGAAUGGUCACUGAAGCUAUUAGAUCUAGCAUGCCUGCUGCACACGUUCUAGUGCGUAGGACACGGUGUGCUAGAAACGAAAUUAGGGCUUUUGGUGAUAAAGUUGCCAAAUGGAUACAUACUGCAAGGCUUGCUCCAGGUUGUCAUGGACUGUCUUUAAAAAUGGGAGUCUACAUUAAUCGCAUAAGUGAAGGGAGUUUGGCAGCUAGAGAUAAAAGUCUCACAGUUGGGGAUCGUAUUUUAAGGAUAAAUGACAAAUCUAUGGAUGAUAUUGAAAAUGUGCGGGAAGCUAUGCAGGUGCUGAAUGACGAAAACACUGACGUCAUUACUAUUACUACAUUGAAAAUGAGCUAUCCAGAGUGUCCAAAUGUUUUUACACCUGUUAGGAGGAAUAAGAAGGAAAAUAGAAGUUCGCAGACUGAAGAUUGGCUAAAUCAAAGUGACUACAAGUACACUAACCAAGAAAAAAACAGCAGCGCUUGGCUGAAAGAAAAAUUUGACCUAAUGAAAGGCUCGUGGAGACACUCUAAAGAUGACAAGAAGAAAUAUCGCAACAGUUCCCCUAAUCCCAUAGACUUUGGGCACGAACAAGCAAUUGCAAUUGCAGAACUGGAUUCGGUUCUGGACAGUUUUCACCAUACCAACACUAUAAAACGAACAUCUGUGGCUUCCAAAAGGACACUGACUCAACCGAAAGAAGAAAAAAAUAAUGGAGGGACUUGGCCCAAAGCCAGAGCUACUGCUGUUUUAACUUCAGGUGGAGUUGGUACAGUAGUAACAAGAACUAAAGAACGCCCCCCACUAAGUAUCCUAGCACAGCCCAAAGAUGCUCUGGAUUACUACAGAAACUCAACUCCUGUAGCUUUGGUGCCCCAAGACCAACCUACUAACAAUAGGCAUUCGGUUUACAAAAGUGUCGAUGCAACUCACCAUUUUAUGCCUGAUAACUCGUUCGAAAUUGUCAAUAGAGUAAGCACAUCCAACAGACACAGUGUCAAUAUGAAUUCUGACAAUAGUUUGGAUAUGCCUGUGCAGAGACUGUAUGAGAAGGAUGUGAUGCCUUAUUAUAAGAAGAAUAAUCGAUUGAGCGUGAGCAAAUACGGAUCUGACGAAAGAGACAGUAUCAUAGGAGUACCCCAGGAGGCUGGAAAUUCUUAUUCGCGCAACCCCAGUCAACUUUUCGUACCGCCUCGCGUACAUUAUCCGUACCACCCGCAUCCCCAUCCUCACAUGAACCAUUCAAGGGAAAGUUUUAAUUUUGAGCCUUAUCAGCACAAUCACAGUCCUUCUGUUGACGCUGGCACCAGGAGACGACCGGAUUUGUUGGAGACUGGCGGGACUUAUCCUAGAAACCCUAGAAAUAGGGAACAGCGAUUUCGUGUCCCCUCCAAUCCUAGUGUAACUUCCAAUAAAGUGAGUACUGGAAGCAUAGAGCAUAAUUCAGAACGGGGUAGUCCAUUGCCAAUUUUUUACGUUGAAGUUAUUGGCCCCCCCGGAGAUCCUUCUACUCAAUCAUACACCAGAGAUUAUUAUCCUUGGCUUCAUAAACCUUCACCUGGAGAGUUGAGACGUGUUCAUAUAGAUAAAUCCAAUGAACCAUUGGGUAUCCAGAUAGCUGACAGUGGUGGAAUUUUCGUCUCAACAGUCACAGAUGGCAGCUUGGCAAGUCGAGUAGGCUUAAGAAUUGGAGAUCAGUUGCUGGAAGUUUGCGGAAUAAAUAUGAGGAACGCCACCUACAAUUUAGCUGCUAGUGUAUUGAUGCAAUGUGGAAAUUCAAUCACUUUGUUGGUGCAGUACAGUCCUGAAAAGUACCAUGAGAUUACCCAAGGUGCUGAAUCUCCUUCAGGACCAUCAUCCAAUGAAGAGGAAGAAGAAGAGGAUGACGAAGAAGGAGAAGGUGAUGCAACACCAUGUAACUCGCCUAAGGAAGUUAGAAAAACACCUUCCUUGCAAAAUAAGCCUUCAGCUUUAAUGCUUAUGCAAAGACAAAGUGGGGUUUCUAGCAUUAGUAGCACAAGAGGGUCUCUUGAAGAACCACGCUACUUAUGCAUUGAAACCCUAAAAACCUCCAACUUAGGUAUAUCUUUGGUAGGAGGCAACGCAGCUGGAAUAUUUAUUCACUCGGUACAACCUGAUUCUUUGGCCUAUCACGCAGGCUUGAGAACAGGGGAUCAGAUUCUUGAGUAUAAUGGUAACGAUCUGCGAUCAGCUACUGCUGAAGAGGCAGCAUAUGAACUGGCCAAACCUGCUGAUAAGGUCACAGUAUUGGCGCAUUAUAGAAUUGACAAAUACAAGGAAAUCAAAGAUAAUCCUGGAGACAGUCUCUAUGUGCGUUGUGGCUUUGAUAGGAGCGGAAACGAAUUGACAGAUCCUCCUCAAUUGACAUUCAACAAAGAUGAUGUACUUUAUGUGGACAAUACUAUGUUUAAUGGUGUACCAGGACAAUGGCGGGCUUGGAGAUUGGACGGUGAGGGUCACAGGCAGUUGUGUGGAGUCAUACCCAGCAAAUAUAAGAUUGAAGAAGAAAUGCUUUUAAGACGUGGAGGCGGUGACGCUCUAGAAAGUCGUACAGCAGCCACAGCAAGACGGAGCUUCUUCCGACGAAAAAAGCCUCAAAGAGGUGGCAGUGGCUCGUCUGGCUUGGGCUCAGCUGGAGCUAGAGAUUCCAAAGAACUAGCAAGUUUUUGCAACUUAUCACCUGGAUGGUAUUCUGACAGUGGAUCCUUACACGAAGAUCUAUCUCAAAUGUCUUAUCAACGAGUUGAACGUCUUCAAUAUCCAGAAUUUCGUCCUGUAUUGAUUCUAGGGCCUUUGGCUGAAUGUGUGGCAGAUAAAUUAGUCAGCGAUUUUCCGGACAAAUUUCAAAGGGCCUUGACUGACACUAGAAGGUGCAAUCAAGCUCAGCUUGACAGAGAACUGGAGGAUGGUUUAAUUAUUGAAUAUCGUCGAAGAGGAUCUUGUUUCGAGUGCAUAACAGUUCAAGCAGUCAAAUCUGUAGUCAAUGCUCGUCUACAUUGUAUGCUAGAUUGUUCUAUAGCAACCGUGCAAAGAUUGAGACGAUUAAACAUAAAUCCUGUGGUGCUUUUGAUUAAAUUUAAAAGCACGAAGCAAAUUAAGGAAGUUAAAGAUGCAAGGUACAGUCUUGAUAAACUUUCUGGUAAGGCAGCCAAAGAAAUGUUUGAGCACGGUCACAAGCUUGAACACGAAUACCGCCAUCUGGUAACAGCUAUUGUGUCUGCUGGGGCUAAUGUAGCGCACGUUUGCGCUCAAGUUAAAGCGGCUGUAGACGUAGAACAUAGAAAAAGUCAGUGGAUUCCUGUAGGAUCAGGCCACUAAGUUUUUAUUUUCGGUCAUGAUUUUGGCACAACAAAAUACAAUUUAAUGCUCAUUUUCACUUGAUAUACAAAUUUUUAUAAAAUAUUUAUUAUUGUUAUUUAACGAAAUUUAUACAUUGAUAUUUAAUGUAGAGGAUUGUAUAGAAGAAGGCUACAAUAACCACAAAGCUGCCGAUUUAAAGCAAUUGUGCCUUAAUUUUAUAAUUGAAUCUAAUAUUUAAACCUUCUUGAGUAACUUAAGAAUCUCAAAUAUUUAAUCUGCUUUUUGUAUUGUUUCAAGUUUAACACUUACAUGGGAUUUUUCUUUUCAUUGUUGUAAUCAGACCAAGCCCUUUGUGAAUUUGUUAUACAUAUUUAAUAAUAAUUGUUUAUUGUAGGUUUUUAUUUACUUAUUAAUUAUUAUUGAAUCAAAAAAAAAAAUUGAGGUGGUUGUAUAUUUUCUUCUUCUGUGAUUAUUUUUAAUAUUUCAUCUUGUGUUUAUUUUCUUUUAAAGAUUCGAAAUAUACUUAUUUAUAUUA